UAUCAGGCUUCGUCCCGGUUAUUUUUUACUUCAUGUAUUAAUGGAUCGAAAAGUUUAAAAGCUACGGAAUUCUCUGACUCUUAAACACUUUUGUUCACUUUGUACGGAAAGAGGUCUUCUUUUCGCGGCAGGACGCAUUUCCACUGAUGAAUAACUUUGGACGGGCUGCUGAGGACUGGCUUAUCAUAAAAUAAGACUUGGCCGGAACUUAAAACUGUUGUUUCGCGUACGAAUUUCCUAACUUGAAAACCGGGUGGGUUUUCUUUGGAAUUUAGCUUUAAACAAGUAAACUGGUGCUCUUGCUCUAAAGCGAGGAUUGCACGGCUGACGACGUUACGCCAGGGGAUACUGGAGAAGGCGUUCGGGCCACUUGACCUUUUUCCAAAACUAAAAAAAAAAAGACGUACUGAAGAAGAGCGUUACAGCAACAACAAAAAUUUUUAAACAUUUUUAAAAAAAUUAAAAAAAAAAAUACUCUGUCUGCUAAAACUUCUGGGUAGGCUACUAAAAAGCUAUGUAUUUUUCUAUAAGCAUGCAUAUGCAUUCUGUCAUAUUUAAUACACUAAUACACUAAUGCUAAACCAAUACGCUAUUGCGCGACUUGGUGUAACGAUUUUCAUCUCGAAACUUUUCUCCAUUCGUUCCGCCAUCGAGUAUCCAUCCUAUGUAUGUAUUUUGUAGUGUUGAAGGCAACUAAGUCAUCAGCGUGUUGGCUGUUUCGACUGGGUAGUCAGUAUGAAAACGGACGUCCAUGAAUCGCGAUGCCAUGUGCCGCUUCGGAGUCUCCGGUAGUCGUGGCGUCGGACCCCCGGCGUUCGCUCUGGUUCUUUGCUUCAGUGUGAUUCGGGCCGAGGGCGAGGAUGACCACGGAUCUGGAGCGCAUGUCUCUGAACUCCUCGUCGGCCAAUUCGGUGGCGUCCAGUACGCGCUCACUUUCCGCCAACGUUAGAAAGCUGCACAACGCUCUCAAUCUGCUGCUCAGUGACUUCGAACGAGAGCAGUUCAUUCACUGCCUUAAUGUCUACCACUCCAAACGCAACGUCUACGACCUGGUCCAGACACUCAAAGUCAUCCUCAAUGCGCCGAGCAAACGCCAGCUUCUGCCCAUGCUGCGCUUGGUCAUACCGCGCUCCGACCAGCUUCUGUUUGACCAGUACACUUCUGAGGGUCUAUAUUUAAAAUCUGAUUUAUUGGCAAGUAGUAAUGGUGACCCUGAGACUGUUCACGAAGCCUCGAGUUCCAGAUCCACUCCGCUUGGACAUUUCCCUCAGUCUCAAACAGCGGCGCGCGGCUCCCCUGAUAAUCUAAGCACCAGCAGUGAUGGGACAGCGACCCUUAUUCCUUUGUUAGGCAGAAAUUUCUUGCCGGAGCCUCCGGGAGAGAUCCGACAAGUCACUCUGAAGCGCCACAAGAGCAACGAAGGACUGGGCUUCAGCAUCCGUGGCGGCUCCGAGCAUGGAGUCGGGAUCUAUGUGUCUCUUGUCGAGCCAGGUUCACUGGCCGAGAAAGAAGGACUGAGAGUCGGGGACCAGAUUAUGAAAGUAAACGAUAAAGUUUUCGACAGGGUCACACAUGCGGAUGCGGUCAAGGUCCUGAAGGGCAGUAAGAAACUGUGCAUGUCCGUGCGCUCCGUUGGACGCAUUCCAGGUGGCUACGUUACCAAUCACGUGUACACAUGGGUGGACCCGCAGGGCCGCAGUGUCUCACCUCCUCCCGACCUAUCCGAGCACCGCAGCGCCACCCUGAGGCGAAGCAGCAGUGGCGCUCAGCACCACAGCAACAUGCAGCUGCUGCAGGAGGGAGACGAGAAGAAGGUGAACCUGGUACUGGAUGAUGGCCGCUCCCUGGGCCUCAUGAUCCGGGGUGGAGCCGAGUAUGCUCUGGGCAUCUACGUCACUGGAGUGGACCGAGGCUCUGCUGCAGAGAGCGGAGGACUGAAGGUGGGCGACCAGAUCCUGGAGGUGAACGGACGCAGCUUCCUGAGCGUGCCGCACGACGAGGCCGUGCGCGUGCUCAAGGCAUCGCGUCACCUCAUGAUGACCGUGAAGGACGUGGGCCGUCUUCCGCACGCACGCACCGUGGUGGGCGAGACCAAGUGGAUCGCCAGCUCCCAGAUCACAGACAGCUCCGCCAGCAGCAGCAUGGCAGGACUUUCUCCAGAUCAGGGAGCCUUGGCCCCAGGAAAGGCGGGCUUUUAUAAAGGAGUGGCGGGCUCUCAGGUGACCCUUUCCAGUCUGGUGAACCAGAGUCGGGCCAUGCUGGAGGAGCAGGCCAGGCAUCUGCUGACCGAGCCGGAACGACAGACCAUGAGCUACUACAUCCAGGAGUACCGCGAUGGUCACGUCGGAGUCGAGCAGCUUGUCAUGGCCCUGUUCGAGCUGCUCAACACGCAUGCCAAGUUCUCGCUGCUGUCCGAGGUGAGAGGCCUGGUGAGCGCGCUUGAUCUGGAGCGCUUCGACGCUCUGGUGCUCAGGAGGGAGAUCGAGGCCAUGAAGGCCCGACAGGGUGCAGCAGGUGCAACGGCGCUCCACCCGGACUCCUUCUCCAUGGUGUCCUACCCAGACACACUAACCUCCUCCUCAGCCAGCUACGUGACCAACACCACACUCAGCUCUGCACGGAAUGACAGUGUGGUGGAAAGCAACGGGGAGGAGGUCCAGGAUGGCGGGAACGCCCUGCCCGACGUCUCUCUGGAUGAGAUGAGCUCAGCGUCUGAGUCCCCACCCUCCUUCAAACCCCCUCCUCCCCCGGCUGUACAGCACAGGCCCAGUCGUAGGUCCACCCCCAACAAACGCCCCUCCUCUGACUCCUCCCAGUCUGGCCUGUACUUUACUGCUCCUUCCCGCAUGCCCAGCAAGCCCUGCCCAGACGCCCUGAAGCAGGAAGUUCCUGCCACCCAACUCUCCCUGGUCACCCAGCUCCCCAUUGGCCCUUUCCCCCGCGUUCAGUCCCCCAGUCGGGUCAAGCCUGCCGCCUCAUCCCUGGCUCCGCCUCCGGCUCCACCGGCCCCAGCCCCGUCGGCCCCGCCUCCUCCCUCCAGACCAGGCAAAGUCACGCCCUCGUCCCCAGCCUCCAAUCAGCAGUUUGUGAUGGUAGAGGUGCACAGGCCCAACGCUGAGCCUGAUGUGAACGAGGUCCGGCCGUUACCCCAGGCCAGAGGAGCCUCUGUCUCCCAGCUCUUGGACAGUGGCCAGGCCCUGAGCGAGGACAGUGGGGUGGACCUCACAGAGUCAGGACCCCACAGCAAGGACAGCAGCCACCGUCCUGGACGAACCCUGCCUCUAAGAGAGAGCGCAGGGGGAGGAGAGGAGAGAACCGCCAAACCGCCGGGCCUCCUGGAGCCCACGUCCACGCUGGUGCGGGUGCCCAAGAGUGCCAGCACACUGGGCAUCGCCAUAGAGGGGGGCGCCAACACGCGCCAGCCGCUGCCACGCAUCGUUACCAUACAGAGAGGAGGCUCAGCCCAUAACUGCGGGCAGCUCAAGGUGGGCCAGGUGAUCCUGGAGGUGAACGGGAUCUCUCUGAGGGCACGGGAACAUCAGGAGGCAGCUCGCCUCAUCGCCGAGGCCUUCAAGACCAAAGAGAAGGACUACAUCGACUUCCUCCUCACGGAAUUCAACGUGGCAUUAUAGGACCUCUCAGGAGUUAUGGGGUAGAAGUGGGGGGGGGGUUGUGGGGCCCAAAAAGAAGGCCUGACAUGAUGGCUUCACCGGUCCCCAGCCAACUAUUCGUCCCUUAGCAAGUAAUGUCCGAAAGGAGAGCAGCUCAGUGUAAAUACCACAUAAAACCACUCCGUGCUUCAUCCCUCACGCUCAUUCUGUGAACAGCCCCAGAUAUGCCCCUGGAACAUCAGCAUCAGCACAAGCAAGGCCACACCAUCUCCAGGAAGAUACCUGACACGGUACUGUUAGAAAGUGUUCAGCCAACACUCUGUGAUGACGCCUUGCCACCUCAUUGCAGUAUGCUUAGAAGCUCUACCACGGUCACUAAAGAGUUAAAAAGUAAUGUAUUUUGAUAUGAUGUCUGUGUCACACUGUUCGGUCUGUCCUCAUGUGGGAGGCUGUGUGUCUGUCAGAUUCCAUUUGUUUCCGUUUUCUAUUUAUUUUUUUAAGAGAAUAAUUGCAAAUGAACAACUACACACACAAAUGUAAAGCUAAAGAUCCCGGUAACACAUGCUGUGGACAAAAAGAGGCCAAACAGCUGCUUGGUUCCUCAUCACAGAUUCCUCUAAGAAAAAGUACAGAAUGUCAUGGUCUUUUUCAUUGCUAGCUCACUGAAUUAAUUUCUUUGUUUGUGUUAGUCUUCAGUCAACCGCCUCAUCUGGUAAUUACUCUUACGCUGCCGCAAUUAUGCACCGGGGCACAACGUACCGGGAGGGAAGGAGAGAGACAAAAAGAUAAAAGGAGAGUGUCUGAGGCAGGGCUGUGAAACAGAAAAUCCGUUCUCCAGAUUAAGGUGGCGGAGCUGGAAAUCCAGAGGAAAUGAAGAGGCACUUUAUCCAAUUAUGACAGGAGAAUCAGGAACAAGACAUGGUAAUCAGAGAGGAGAGAGGGGGCGAUGUAUAGCCACUGGAACUAAUGAAGAGUUGCGGAGUGCUGAAGUCCCACUGGGAG